AUGGGAAGCCGGCCCACGGAGGGGCUCUCCAGAACUACAUCCGCAGUCCAUACCAGGCCUCCUGCCUCAGUUUCCCUGGCCACCCGGGUUGGCCCUGCAGGGAGCAGGAGUCUUGCUGGUGGCCACCAGGGUCCAGGAGCUCCGCGGGAGGCCCUAGGUGUGCAGCAGGACCAGCUGUGGCGGGAACUCGUGGAGGCGGAGGGGCGAGGCCAGAGGCGCUGGGCUGAGAAUUGGAGUUUCCUGAAAGAUUAUGAUCCAAUGGGCAAUAAGAAGGAGCCUGAAAAGCUGCCUGUGGACCUACCCCUCUUCUCUGACACAUUCCCCAGCUCAACAAGCCGAGUGAGUGCAUUGGUCAGUGACAACCAUGCAAUGCAACCCAUCACCUCAUUUCCAACACAGACUGGCACAUGGCUGGGAAUCAGCUGACCUUGACUGCCAGCAUCAGGCUAGGGGUAGAUCCCAUCCACAUGUCUCCAUUCUCUUGGACCAACAGGCUCCUGGGACACAGGUUUCUCCCAGACUAUCACCAGAGCACUAAGGUCUAGCAGGAGUCUCCUGCGUGCAGUGUCUGCUGCACUCUGCAGCCUACCUGUGUGGUCAGGGGCCCUCUCCAGACCCAACCUGCCCACCUUCCGCCCUCCACCACAUUUGCAGGCUCUCCAGAAGGGUGCCUGCUUCUGACCUUCCCUGUUCCACCCAUGGAGCCAAGGAAGUAGAGGUGGAGGGGCACUACACAAAGACCUGAUGCCAGCCUCUUGUGUCCUUUGGGUCAGAACAGGGGAGGCUGGAUAGGCCGUGCAGCCUCCAGACCCAGGCAUGAAGAGAUGAUAACAAACAUCCACAGCAGCACUGGAAAAAACUAAGAAGAUUCAUCUAAAAUAGACAGCCAGUGCAGCUCAGAGUUUUAGGCUGGUCUAUGCCAGAAGUCCAGCAGGGACUAGAUUCAAGAGUGUAGAGCCGCAACAAAGCAGGAAGGCACCCUUCACUUUUGACUGCUGCUUCUCUCUGCUCUGUGGCAGAAGUGGCCUCUACUUCAGGUGAUAAGGAAUGACCACCAGCCAUGGAGGUGCAAAGUGAACCUGAGGCAUCUUCCUGGGCUGGAAAUGAUGAGGUGGUAUAAAAGGACACAAGCCUGAAGGGGUGCCCACUGGCCAAAUUUAGGACAAUGUGGACAUCGAAAUGAAGAACAAUAAGAGGCCAAACCUGACGACCUAUGGCUGCCCUCUCCCCGAUGGUCACAUCAAUGUCCACCAAUUCCAAUUAACAACAAAGAGUCAGCAGUUUAUACCAAUGAUUUGCUUUGUGGUUUUCUGAAAUGAUGUCACUCUAGCCUAGGCUUCACCUCAAGCCCAUAAACUUCCAACUUCAGUGUCCUGAGUAUUGGGACUACAGUCCUGUACCACUGUGCCCAGCACCAAUAACUUAAAAUUUUUCAAGUACUAAAGAACUCUCCUUUGAGAACUAUAGAUAGAAUAAAUGAGAACAGAAAAAAUCACCAUUGUAUGCGCAACACAGUAAUAACUGAUUUAAGUAUGCUAAUAAAUGUCUUGGUAAUGACUGAUUUAAGUAUGAAUUAAUAAAGGUCAAAGAUUUUUAGGGAACAGUAAAGGCCAAAUUCUAGAAGCUUCUGUUUUAAUCAGCUUCUUAAAGUCAACCCCAGGACAGUUGGCACAGUGUCCCCUAAAAGGACACUUCAGGGGUAUCACCUGCAUUACCCAAGGAGCCCUCCUGCCAAACAGAUAAUAGGGAGUAAGGGUAACCCGAGAGGCCUCAGGGAAGAACAGAGAUGUUCUGCCAUAUCGUUGGCCUUGAUUCUUUCAAAAUAUUACUGUCAUGAAAGACAAAGGGAGGUGGAGGCAGUGACCCAGGUUAAAGGCAGUACAGACUGUGACCUUGAUUCAAGCCCAAGAGACUACAGAGACCACUGUAGAGAGUAAAUAUCAGAUGAUGGAGAGACUAUGAGGCAAUAGAACUGCAUCGGCCCUGUAGUACAGAGUAGGGUGAUCAUCUGUGGUUAUGUAGAAUGCAGCUUCCCAGACUGUGGCUCUGACCCCAUGUGGGGUGUCCUAGUUAGCUGUGACUGU